GUAUUUUGGGGCUACCAAAACCGAGGCAGUAGUCCUUACGAGAAAAUACAUCUACACAGACCCUGAACUCAUUCUAGAAGGCCAUUAUAUACCUGUCAAACGGCACAUCCGCUACCUCGGCGUCGAACUGGACACCCGCCUGUACUUUACUAGGCACGUCGCUCUAGCAUCCGUCAAAGCGACUGAAUCCGCCAAGGCAAUUGGACGUCUGAAGCCGAACGUCGGAGGCCUGAGCCAGGCAAAACGCGCACCGUUGGGAUCCGUGAAAAAUAGCAAACUGCUAUACGCGUCACCGAUCUGGGCCAAAGUCGCAGUCAGAACGGCAAAAAACCGUGCCGCAAUGUCCAGAGCCCAGAGAACAACAGCUCUCCGCACCAUAAGAGCGUACCGAACUGUCUCCGCAGACGCCGCGAUGGUGCUAUCCUGCACUCUGUCGGCCGACAUUCUCGUCCACGAACGUGCGAGGAUCAGAGGCAGUCCGAAGCUGAUCAACCAGCGUUUAACAUCAUUCAGGCAGAUGAGCGAGUCAUCUCGGUGGCCUCCUGGCAGGAAAGAUGGGAUCGCUCGGUCAACGGACGCUGGACCCACUGCCUUCUGCCGGACAUAUCCCGCUGGAUUUCGAAACCAGCAUCAGAGCUGA